UCCACGCGCUAUCUUAACGACUUCAACUUGUUCGCUAAGCUCACCUUCCUGUUACUACCACUAAGUAAAACGGAAAAGCCUAGCAAAAAACCCCUCUCCUCACCAUAACCAAUUCCGUAAACCAUCCCCCUCUUGCUGCAUUGUGCUCACACGCCUUCAGGCGAUAAGAUAGAUAGACUGAGGGUUAGAGUUGGUUCUUCCUGUUCCGGAAUUGUUCGUAAUGGCUACUUGUACGUCCCCGUAUUUUACGCCUCCAGACACUCGUAGGCGAGCAGGGGUAUUGAUGGUUUUUCGGGGGAGAUUUUGUCGCUUGAAAAUGGCUGAAGAUAGGAAUGGAUAUUCAAGCUAUAGUCAGAAAUGUGGGUCAAAUGUAUCCCUGUUCAAAUGCUCUGCAAAUUCGCACAACAUUAACCAAUUUCAGAACAAGGACCCGUUUCUGAAUUUACACCCUGAGAUAUCAAUGCUUAGAGGUGAGGCGAACUCUACAGUGACUAACCAGAAACAGGAUAACACUGAGAGUUUGCGAGAUUCUUCAGGUUUGAACAAUUAUAAUGAGGCCAAGAUAAAGGUUAUUGGCGUUGGAGGUGGUGGCUCUAAUGCAGUUAAUCGUAUGAUAGAAAGUGCAAUGAAGGGGGUUGAGUUUUGGAUUGUGAACACUGAUAUCCAAGCUAUGAGGAUGUCACCCGUUUCACCCGAUCAUCGCUUGCAGAUUGGUGAAGAGUUGACUAGAGGGCUUGGUGCUGGUGGGAACCCAGAUAUUGGAACAAAUGCGGCUAAAGAAAGCAAAGAAUCCAUUGAGGAAGCAGUGUUUGGAGCAGACAUGGUCUUUGUUACUGCUGGAAUGGGUGGUGGAACAGGCACAGGCGGAGCUCCUGUAAUAGCUGGAACUGCGAAGGCUUUGGGCAUUUUGACUGUUGGUAUAGUUACCACCCCAUUUUCUUUUGAGGGACGAAGAAGAGCUGUUCAAGCACAGGAAGGAAUUGCAGCUUUAAGAGAAAAUGUUGACACUCUAAUUGUCAUUCCAAACGACAAGUUACUGACUGCAGUUUCCCCAUCUACACCAGUGACAGAAGCAUUUAAUCUUGCUGAUGACAUUCUGCGGCAAGGUGUUCGUGGUAUCUCUGACAUAAUCACGAUCCCAGGGCUAGUAAAUGUAGAUUUUGCUGAUGUUAGAGCCAUUAUGGCUAAUGCAGGUUCUUCAUUGAUGGGAAUAGGAACAGCAACAGGAAAAACCAGAGCUAGAGAUGCUGCUCUAAAUGCUGUUCAAUCUCCUUUGCUGGAUAUCGGUAUAGAGAGAGCUACUGGUAUCGUGUGGAAUAUAACCGGUGGUACUGAUCUAACAUUGUUUGAGGUCAAUGCUGCUGCAGAGGUCAUAUACGAUCUUGUGGAUCCAAGUGCCAACUUAAUAUUUGGUGCUGUGGUAGAUCCUUCCUUAACUGGUCAAGUUAGCAUAACACUGAUCGCAACUGGUUUUAAACGUCAAGAAGAAAGUGAUGGAAGGCCCCUCCAGGCAAAUCAGUUGGUACAGGGAGAUCCUAACCUCGGUCUCAACAGGCGACCAUCAUCCUUUCUCGAAGGCGCCAGCUCUGUUGAAAUCCCAGAAUUCUUGAGGAAGAAAGGAAGGUCCCGUUUCCCUAGAGCCUAAUGCCCUGUAAUACCACACGCAGCCUCUCUGUCAUGGAGCUACUUAUUUGUAUCUGUAUAGGAUUUUGACUUGUCAUCUAUGUGAAUCUUAGCUUUGGGAAAGAGCAGAAUGAAUUGUUGACACUUUUCCUUAAUAAAAAAAGGCAAUAGAUCUAUGAGUUAAUGGCGAUUGUAAUAGCUUCUCCUGCAGUAAAUAGGUUUGGCAUUCUUCUGUAUUGUGAGCGAGUAGUCAUCCUUUGAAAUUACUAUGAGAAGUUUCAUUCACAUUGUUGUAGUCAGAAAUGUACUCCAUGUGAUUUAUAUUGCUGCCA